AUGUCAGACACCGCCGACCUCGACUCCUACUAUCCCUCCACGUGCCCCUUCUGCACAAUUGCAUCAGCAUUCCCAUGCGCGUCAUCGACCUCAGCAUCAACGACGCUGUCCUCAGCAGUUCCCUCAGAAGAGGCGGCAGAUCCGACAAGAGUGGACCCAAAUGCGUUCGUCCUACUGUCGGCGCCAGAGGUGCUGGCUUUCCUGGAUAUCUUGCCCAUGACGAGGGGCCACGUGCUUGUUGCUUCGAGGACGCACCGGAAGAAGGUUGCGGAUUUGGAGGGGGCUGAGGCUAGUGAGGUGGGCUUCUGGCUCCCCCUGCUGGCGCGCACGGUAGCAAAAGUAACGGGCGUGACGGACUACAACAUCGUGCAGAACAACGGCCCGCGCGCCGCCCAGGUGAUCCCCCACGUCCACUUCCACAUCAUCCCGCGGCCAGCAUCGCUGCCGCAGGUGGCGCACAAGAGCUGGACCAUGUUUGGCCGCGGGCAGCGCGACGAGCUGGAUGAUGAGGACGGCGCGAAGCUUGCGAGGGAGAUGAGGGGGGUUCUGAGGGAGGAGGUGGGGAGGGUUGAGGGGAGGGGGAGGGGGAGGGGGAAGUUGUGA